AGCUUUGGCUCAAGUCUGUUCAAGCGGGAAGCUGUUCACGAUAUCUCUAGCUCGGCCCCGCACGACCUGCUGCCACGCUGCACAGUUGGCCAUGCCGCGCGCCUCAGCCCUGAUCUUCGCUUCCCUCGGCGCCGCCUCGGCCGCGGGUGUGGCGCCAGUCUGCGCGCGGGACUCAGCGCUGCUCCAGGCCAGGGCAACGGUGAGCCACAGCCCGCACGAGGGCGACGUCAGGGUCGAGCGCCAGCUGGUGGGCUGCUUCCCCCGUGCCGCUGGAGACACGGACGACCAGCAAAAUUUCCAGGACACGUCGUGCGUGAGCGCGGCGAGUCGCAACAGUUCGCUGGAGCCUUGCCGCAGCGGGAUGCCUUUCUUCCGGCUCCCCAUGCAGAAGCAGCAGUCUGCCUCGGAUUGCUUCAUGUUCUGUCUCUCCAAGGGCCUGGACCUCUCGGGUCUAAUGCACAGCGAGCGCGCCGGGCUCUCCGAGUGCCGGUGUGGCGCCACGAGGGCCAACAGGGCGGCUUGGCACGAGUUGACGCCGCCUCCUGGGCUGCUCUUGCCGAACGGCUCCGCCGAUCCAGAGGACAACGAGCACUGCAAGAUGCCGGUGUGGCAGUACACGGGGCCUUUGGAGGACGGGGGAGUGCCGACGGUGCUCACAGAGCUGAGCGAGGGCGACGAGGCGUACAUCGACGGGAUUGCAGUGGGCGUGGACCCUCAUGAGAUCACGGAGGAGGACGGGGCCGGCGAAGGGACCCCGACGGUGCACCCGGACACGUUGUCCAAUUUGUCACUCCUCGGUGCCAAAGGGUUGUGUGAGGAUCACACCGAGACGGGCGUCGGGAACAACAUGCCUUGCUCCCAGGCCAAGACAUGGUGCAACGCUGCAGGCGCUCUUGGCUUGGCCGUGCGCGGCGCCUGCCCCUUCAGCUGCGGCCUCUGCACCCAAGCCUACGGCUGGAUGCCGUGCUACCCCAACCCUUGCAGCCCCGGGGGCGGGCCUUGGACGACCAAGGUCGGCAACGUGGUCUACAUCAACUACUACUUCGACAACCUCGACGCGGACAGACAAGCGGCGUUCAACAAGGCCAAGGACGAGUGGGAGUCCAAGACGUGCGUGAGGUUCACAUACAGCUCCGCCACCCCGCGCAUGAGGAUCACGGUUACCAACCAGGCAACGUGUUCCGCCUUCGUGGGGUUCCCUGGCGCGGACGGGACUCUUGACGUGAACCUCGGAUGGUGCAACAGUGUGGAACAUUGGGGCAACAUUGCCCACGAGCUUGGCCACGCGCUGGGCAUGAACCACGAGCAGAACCGGCCCGACGGCCCAGGCCAGACCAACACCCCAGCGGGUUGGAAGGGCCCCCACCUGCGAGUGAAGUGGCAAAACAUCGAUACGGUCUGGAGGCCCCAGUGGGAGGGCCAGAAGCGCAGCUACUAUGGCUCCCAGACCGCUGGCUACGCGCCGUACGACUACGGAUCGAUCAUGCACUACGGCUUGGGGGACAACGCCGACGCCACCAAUUCUGCCUGGCAGAGCGUUCCAGGGCAGAGAGAUGGGCUUUCCUCUGGCGACAUCGCCCAGUUCCAGGACAUGUACCAGUGCGGCUCGGCUGCGCCUGCGCCUGCGCCUGCGCCAGCGCCGACCCCUCCCCCGCCGACCCCCGGACCUGCGCCCGCCGGGUGCGUGGACAGCACCGAGAACCCCUGGGGCCAGUCCUGCGCCGCGUGGCUGGCGCAGGGCGCGUGCGCAGUGUCGAAUGGCAUCCGGCAGCACUGCAAGGUGAGCUGCCAGCAGUGCGUUUCGGAGACCCCAGCUCCGACCCCCGGGCCUGCGCCCGCUGGGUGCGUAGACAGCACCGAGAACCCCUGGGGCCAGUCCUGCGCCUCGUGGCUGGCGCAGGGCGCGUGCGCAGUGUCGAAUGGCAUCCGACAGCACUGCAAGGUGAGCUGCCAGCAGUGCAAUCAGGCGCCGACCCCCGCUCCGGCAGGCGGUGCUGGCUGCACCGACAGGCAGGGGGAGUUGUCGUAUGGGUAUACCUGCCCCCAGUGGGCGCUGGCGAGCCACUGCGCUGGGUCGCAGACGAUUCAGGCGGAUUGUCCUGGGAGCUGCGCAGAGGUCGAAAAGGUCACCUACGGGUACACGUGCGCCCAGUGGCAUGGGUGGGGGCACUGCGCCAACUCGGAGACGUUGAAGGCCGAGUGCCCCCACAUCUGCGGGCAGUGCCGCUAGAUCCAGCCGAGGGGAUGACGAGUUCGACUGAGCCGUCAGCAGUGCACGCCCAGCCCUCCUGCCCCCGCGCCCGGCGCCGGCGGCUACACCGACAGGCAGGGGCGGACCCACGGGCAGACCUGCGACUGAGCGAACAUUCGGGUUCCGCGCGCUGCGAAGGGUUGUCAGGGCUCAGCAGGGGCCUCCACCCGAAGGUUGGCGGGGUCGAGCUUUGGAGGCGACUCUGCACAAACGCUGCCAGUCGCCUCCUGCACGCCCGAAUUCGUGAUCCGGCCGGGGCACAAAGACCUCGGGCCUAGUUAGUCUUCCUGCCAGGACAGCAAUCGUAUCCUUUGCGCUCUAUGAGCCCCCCCCCCGGCCGAGCCAUCUUGUGGCUAUAUUUGGACAGCUGUGGGGUUCUCUUGGGCCCUUUUUCGGGGGGCAUUUUGGCGCCUCUCAGGCCACCUUUGGCAAAUCAACAAAGCACGACCCAUAGGAAAUAAGACGGCAGUCCAGCAGCAGCUUCACAGCCUUCAGUGCGCCCCCAAGGGGGCUGGCGCAUUUGCUGCUGCACCACCGCGGACGCACAAGCUUGGGAGGACCGAGGCCGCGAGCGCAAGCGGUAUGCCGGGCAGCAGGCAUCGACACACAUGCUUGCCACCAACUCCGCUGUUGCUGCACAGAGCAAGCGGGUGGGGCACGGCCGGAAGUGACGUGCGGGAGCCGCUGUCGCCAAGUUCACGAGCCGUAGUUUGAGACACCCCGUGGGUGCCUUCGCCACAGAAAACUGCGCGAUCGUGUCAGACUGCAGAGGGCUCAUCUGCGCAAGAGGCACACAUACAGUGAACAGGCAGAACACAUGCGGCUUGUUCGCGGCAGUACGCCUGGUUAGAUAGAGGUCUCUCUGUCUGGUUCUCCGGUC